AUGGUCGCUAACAAAUUGCAGGUGCAGCGGGUGUUGUUCCAUCUGAAGACUCUCUAUCUGUUUACGAAGAGCGAUGUCAAAAUCGUGCUCGUGCCCCAGGUCAUCUUCAUCACCUCGGCGAUGCUCAGCCGCGAGCGUCUCACGACGGUUCCCAGCCAGACGGUGGGCGAGGCUCUACAGCGACUGCCCUUGGCCAUCUUGUGGAUAUGGGUCAACCUCAUCGUGUGCGGCAUCUCGAACCAGCGUCUGGAAAAGUCCGUGAUCGAAGACGAACACAACAAACCGUGGCGCCCGAUCGCCGCGAGACGACUCACCGCCGAACAAGUGCGCAAGCUGCUCCUGGGCAUGAUUCCGUUGGCGGUCGGAAUGAGUGCUGCCCUGGGCGGGUUCAAGUCGACCGUGUCGAUGAUGGCGCUACUCUGGAUGUACGACGACCUCGACGGCAACACCUACAUCUGGGGGCGCAACGCCCUCAACACGUGUGGCAUCAUGUGCUUCGGCUCUGGGUCGCUGGAGGUCCUCUCGCGGGGAGAGCUGCUCCCCACCGCGUGGGGGUGGAUUGGUUUGACGGGGGCCGCGAUCGCGACGACGGUCCAGGCGUUGGACUUCCCGGAUAUGGAGGGGGACAGAGCGCGAGGUCGGAAGACCGUCCCGUUGCUGUACGGCGAGGACGUUGCUCGCGGCGGUCUCGCGGCGAUGGUCCUGUUCUGGUCGGUCGUGUGCUCAAUCUUCUGGGACCUCCAGCCCGUCUUCUGGGGCGCGCCUGUCGGCGUGGGAGCCAUGAUGGCUGUAUUGACUAUGCUGCGGCGGAACGAGAAAUCCGAUGGUGUUGUGGCGAAGUUGUGGUGUUUGUGGAUGUCCGUUUUAUACAUGCUACCACUCCUUUCUCCAUAA